AUGUGUGUGACCUUUGUCUAGACAGACUGAAAUAGCGAAAGCAAGGCAAAACAACAGGGACGGCUAUACUAGCACUCGUCACGCCCACGCAGCUGAAAAACGAAGGAACAGAACCAUACCCAUUUGCCCAUGUACCACGAUAAAUCUCGCACGCAAGAUUUCUUCAACUCACCAAGAAAAAGCUAUCAAUACAACGCAAAUCUUUGAUUUUGUUUCCAAAACCCCCUAAAUCUGUAAGCUAACGACAGAAAUGACCUUUUGAAGUUUGUUUUUUCUUCUUUUUUUUUAUGAUUAUUAUGUUUGCUGGGCACCAAUUUUAUUUUUUGAGGUCAAUCGAUUGAUCCCCAAAAGCAAAACCCAGAAUUUUUUUUUUUUUGGUUGAAAUCGUUUUGGGACGAGAUGGAGCUCAGAAGACUAGGAUUUAGUCUCUGUCUAGGGUUUUUGUUUGUGAAGUUGAUGGUUCCUAAUUCUCUAGCGAGAUUUGUGGUGGAGAAGAACAACUUGAGGGUGACUUCGCCGGAUAAAAUAAGGGGGACGCAUGAUAGUGCAAUAGGGAAUUUUGGGAUACCACAAUAUGGGGGUAGUAUGGCUGGGGCUGUGGCUUAUCCAAAAGACAACAGGAAAGGCUGUAAGGAGUUUGAUGAUUUUGGGAUUUCGUUCAAGUCUAAGCCCGGAGCUUUACCGACUUUCGUCUUAGUCGAUCGUGGAGACUGCUUCUUUGCUUUGAAAGUUUGGAAUGCCCAGAAGGCAGGGGCUUCUGCAGUACUUGUUGCAGAUGACAUUGAGGAACCGUUAAUAACGAUGGAUUCACCUCAAGAGGAUGGUUCUUCUGCACAAUAUAUCGAGAACAUAACCAUACCAUCUGCACUUAUCGAGAAAAGCUUUGGUGAGACAUUAAAGAAAGCAAUAAGCAAUGGAGAUAUGGUAAAUGUGAAUCUUGAUUGGAGAGAAGCUGUUCCACACCCUGAUGAUCGUGUAGAGUAUGAAUUAUGGACCAACAGCAAUGAUGAAUGUGGGGUAAAAUGUGAUAUGCUGAUGGAGUUUGUGAAGGAUUUUAGAGGUCCAGCACAGAUACUUGAGAAAGGUGGUUACACCCAGUUCACACCUCAUUAUAUAACCUGGUACUGUCCUCAGGCAUUCACCUUGAGUAGGCAGUGCAAGUCCCAGUGCAUAAAUCGUGGCAGAUAUUGUGCUCCUGAUCCUGAACAGGAUUUCAGCACAGGUUAUGAGGGGAAAGAUGUUGUUCUUGAAAAUCUUAGGCAACUCUGUGUUUUUAGAGUGGCAAAUGAGAGCAAAAGACCUUGGGUGUGGUGGGACUAUGUAACUGAUUUCCAAAUCAGAUGUCCCAUGAAGGAGAAGAGAUACAACAAAGAAUGUGCGGAUGCUGUUAUCAGAACCCUGGGGCUUGAUGUUAAAAAGGUUGAGAAAUGUAUGGGAGACCCAAAUGCUGAUUCUGAGAAUCCUGUUUUGAAAGAAGAACAAGAUGCCCAGGUUGGGAAAGGAUCAAGGGGUGAUGUAACCAUAUUGCCCACCCUUGUUGUCAACAAUCGACAAUAUCGAGGAAAGUUGGAGAAAGGUGCUGUUCUGAAAGCUAUAUGUUCUGGUUUUGAAGAAACCACUGAGCCAGGUGUUUGUUUGAGUGAUGAUGUUGAGACUAAUGAGUGCAUGGACAAUAAUGGGGGUUGCUGGCAAGAUAAAACAGCCAACAUUACAGCUUGCAAGGAUACAUUUCGUGGGAGGGUGUGUGAAUGCCCUUUGGUUGAUGGUGUUCAGUUCAAAGGAGAUGGUUACAGUCACUGUGAAGUGAGUGGACCAGGGAGGUGCAAGCUUAAUAAUGGAGGCUGUUGGCAUGAAUCUCGAAAUGGACACACCUUCUCUGCUUGUUCGGAUAUUGAUGGUGGUAAAUGCCAGUGUCCUGUUGGAUUUAAAGGUGAUGGUGUGAAAAGUUGUGAAGAUAUUGAUGAAUGCAAAGAGAAGAAAGCCUGUCAGUGUGCUGAAUGUAGCUGCAAAAAUACGUGGGGUAGCUAUGAUUGCACUUGUAGUGGUGAUCUUCUUUAUAUGAGAGACCAUGAUACCUGCAUAAGUAAGACAGGCACUGAAGUGAGGUCAGCAUGGGUUGCUUUUUGGGUUAUUUUGAUAGGCUUGGGAAUGGCUGCUGGUGGUGGAUAUCUUGUGUACAAAUAUAGAUUGAGGUCUUACAUGGAUUCUGAAAUCAGAGCUAUCAUGGCACAAUACAUGCCUCUGGACAGUCAAGGAGAAGUUCCAAAUCACGUCAACGAUGAACAUGCCUGAGAAUGACAAGCUACAUUAUUGAUCUUCUAGGAUUUCAAGUAAUGCUGGGUGAUGUGGUUCAAACUUCAUACCGUUCUCUUUAUCGAGUGGAGGAUUUUGAGCCUGAAUUAUAUGUCUGUACUGUAUAUGGACAAUAAAAAUUGCAGAUUAGAAUAUCCUGUUUACUGGAACCAUAACAUGCUCAAACAGUUUAAGGAUUGGAUUUGAGGCAGAUGAUAGGGAUUUGGCGAUAAUGUUUUAGAAUUUUCAUUUUCAUCCCUGAAUCUGUAUGGCGAUUCUGUAACUCAUUAACGCCAUUUGGACA